GGCAAAAAGAUGGAAUGACAGCAGUUGGCUUGGUUGGUUCCUAGGAAGAUGCUGCCCCAGUCAGCAGGAGCAGGAUCAAGAUCAGGAGCAGCAACAACAACAGCAACAACAACAAAAGCCACAACAACCAUAGUACAAGCCGAAGAAGAAGCAGCAAUUGCUUCAAGGAUUCAAAAUCAGAACGGGAAUGGCCAGCGACGUCGCGUGGCAGAGGCAGCAGCAACAAGCGGCCAACAACAACAACCACAACUUGCAACAUCAGCAGCAACAACAACAACUACAAGUAACAAAAACAAAAAUAACAACAACAGCAACCGAUUAGGACAAAUGCAUUCCAACGAAGAACCGCCCAUGACGGUGAUCGUCGAUGGCGGCGGUGGUAGUGGGAGUGGUAGUGGCCACUCGAGGAGAUUGCGAAAAACCAGUUCCUCCAAUGCCAAUCCGAAUCCGAAUUCCAAAAAUCCAAAUAAUCAAUCGACAACCACCGGCCCAUCCGGAUCCGCCAGGACACACCGGCAGUCGUCGAAUGCCUCGGGAUCGGCCGACCAUGCCCGGCGGCGUUAUCAGGGCGGCAGCGGCAAGGAGCGACCGGAACAGGGGCAGGUGUCACGCCGCAGGACUGCUGGCCGGCGGCACAGUGGUGCCUCAUCGCUGAGCGAUGCCGUCACAGCGGCCAGGCAACGUGGCGGUGGCGGUGGCGGGGCCAUCAGCUCAUCCACAGCCUCCAGCUGUAAUGGCAGCUGCAGCUCGGACGAUGGUGACUCCUCCUCGCACACCUCCUCAUCCUCCGGCUCGUCGAGCUCGUCCGGAGAACCGAAUCUGCCGUAUCCGGGCUUCCCGGAGAUCUCCAUGUGGGCACUGACGCAGUACACCCGACCGCGCAACUGGUGCCUGAUGCUCAUCACCAAUCCAUGGUUCGAGCGUGUCUCCAUCCUGGUCAUCCUACUGAACUGCAUCACCCUGGGCAUGUACCAGCCCUGUGUGGACGAUGCCUGUGUCAAGAAUCGUUGCAAGAUCCUGCAGAUCUUCGAUGACAUUAUCUUUGCAUUUUUUGCCCUUGAAAUGACCAUCAAAAUGGUGGCCAUGGGCAUGUGGGGCAAGAACACGUAUCUGGCCGAUUCGUGGAAUCGUCUCGACUUCUUCAUCGUCCUGGCCGGCCUUCUGGAGUACGUGAUGCAUGUGGAGAACCUCAACCUGACCGCCAUCCGGACGAUACGUGUCCUGCGACCAUUGCGGGCCAUCAACCGGAUACCGAGUAUGCGGAUCCUGGUGAUGCUCCUGCUGGAUACCCUGCCCAUGCUGGGCAAUGUCCUGUUGCUGUGCUUCUUCGUGUUCUUCAUCUUCGGGAUCAUCGGCGUACAGCUGUGGGAGGGGAUACUACGACAGCGUUGCACCCUGGAGCGUACCGUCGGCAUGGUCUAUCCCAUCACGGGACUACCUGAAGUGUACAGAGUUCGAGUCCGUGUUAACUCCCUGUCGCAGUACUACGAAUUCUCCAAGGAUCAGGACUACAUCUGUUCGACGCCCAACGAUUCGGGGAUGCAUCUGUGUGGUAAUUUCCCGCCCUAUCGGAUCGGCUCCAUGGUCUGCAAUGAGGAGGCCAAGCUGUUCGACUUCAAUGAGCCAACGAACACGUCCUGUGUCAAUUGGAAUCAGUAUUAUACCACCUGCAAGCCAAGCGGCGAGAAUCCCUUCCAGGGCACUAUAUCCUUCGAUAAUAUCGGUAUGGCCUGGGUGGCCAUAUUUUUGGUCAUCUCACUGGAGGGCUGGACGGACAUAAUGUAUUACGUGCAGGAUGCGCACAGCUUUUGGGAUUGGAUAUACUUUGUGCUGCUGAUUGUGAUUGGUUCGUUCUUCAUGAUCAACCUGUGCCUGGUCGUCAUCGCCACCCAGUUCUCGGAGACUAAGAAACGGGAAAUGGAACGCAUGAGGCAGGAACGUGCCCGAUACACCUCCACCUCGACCCUGGCCAGCAGCACAAACAACUCGGAACCGGCCACCUGCUAUGCCGAGAUCGUCAAAUAUAUCGCUCACCUGUGGCGCCGCUUCAAGAGACGAAUGUUAAAGAAGUACAGAUUAUAUAAGUACCAGAGGCAGCAGCGUAAAGAGGGACUCCUCCCGAAUGCCGAUAAUCUGACAUUCUCACCGUCGCGGAUCAAGUGCCACCAUCCCAAGUGCCCCAAGUACAGUAAUCGGAAGCCGUCCAGUAUACAGGAUCAGAUGAUUACCGUUAUGGUGCCACUAAAUUCCGCUAGCAACAAUAAUAACAACAACAAUAAUAAUAAUAGUAGCAAUCACAAUGGCAACCAUCACAGCAACAACAACAACAAUAAUAGCAACAACCACAAUAAUGCGGCCAGUUGCACCACAGUUGCGUUGGUUAACGGUAUAAAUGGCAGUGCUGCCAGUGUGACCAUGUCCUCGGCCCAUCACCAACAGCAUCAGCUGUUGCAACAACAACAACAACAGCAGCAGCAGGUCGCCCAGGUGCAACAACACUCCUCAUCCGAUAAUACGGAACAAUCGCUGACUGGAAACGAUGGGGCAACGAUACUAUCCUCCAGUGGCAUGCCACGCAGCUCAUCACUGAAGAAAUCCUCCGCCCACCACCAACUAAAGCCCGAGGGGAGCGGCGGGGAGCAGAAGACGAUUCUUCUGAAGUUCCCACAGCAGGUGAUCGACUCGGAGCAGCUAAUUCUGCAGUUGGGAAACUUAGGCAAGAGCCAUCCCUGCACCUCGGGCUUCCUCAGUCCGCCGACCUCCGCCAGCCGGCGUCCUUCCGUGAUGUUCAACGAGUAUGUCCUGCUGCACACGCCCCCCGCCCUCAGCAACGAUCCGGCGACGGGCAACGCCUCCACGACAGCCACCACAGUGGCAACUGUGGCUGGGACAGCGGCAGCCGCGGCAGCCGCGGCAGCAGCAGCUGCAGCAGCAGCGGCCGCCACCUCCUCCUCCUCUGCCACCGCUGCUGCCACCACAGCCGCCGGUGGCAACAACAACCAUAGCAACGGCAGUAGCCACAACAACAACCAUAAUGGAGCGGGGACGAGCGGUGGCAUUGAGAAGAGCAACAUCUUCUCCACCGAAAAGAUGACCCAGGCAGGCGAUGGCAGCAUUUGGCAGGUCAACCUGCCCCAGACCAUCGGCACUAUUGCCAAUCCCUAUGCCGAUUGCUCCGAACUGGGCAUCCAUGAUGCGAUGACCUGCCAGGAGCUUCUGGCCUUCUCCGUGGCCUUCUCGGCCGCCCUGCCCACGGGCCAGAGCACACUGGAAUCGUUCUACUCCUCGCUGGCACGCUGUGAUCCCCACACCGCCGAGGCGCUGAGGGCCCAUCAUGGCCACAAGCCACGCCCCCCGACAACGGGAACGCCCCAAACGGGCGAGUCAGGCGAGCAACUGGCCGUGGAGGCGGGAGAACUGGAACCCACCACCGUAUCGGCUGUGGUUGGUAAUGCCACUUGCACGGAAGUGGUGCCAUCGUCGAACCACCGACGCAAGGACCACCAUCAGCACCACCAGACAACGUCGCACCACCACCACCAUCAUCACAACAACAACAACACGACAAGCCACAGCCGCAACAAUCGCAGCUCGAGGCCAUCGACUGCCACCGGUCGCAUCCACCGGGAGUCGUCGCACGCACCCACCGGCAACUACAUGGAGGACUAUGCCUGCUGCUACGAUCUCUACCAGAACGCCCUCUCCCCGCUAGACGAGCGCCAGCGUCAGAGGUCGCCCACCACCCGCUGCCUGAUCGCGGUCUACCGCUGCUUCUCGCGCGUCUGCAGCUGGAUCCGGCGCUAUAUCCGCCGCCUGGUGGAGCACAAGUACUUCCAGCAGGGCAUCCUCCUGGCCAUCCUAAUCAACACGCUCUCCAUGGGCAUCGAGUACCACAACCAGCCGCCGGAGCUCACAGCCAUCGUGGAGACCAGCAAUGUGGUCUUCUCCGGCAUCUUUGCCGUGGAAAUGCUGCUCAAGGUGGUGGCCGAAGGACCCUUCCGCUACAUAGCCAAUGGUUUUAAUGUCUUUGACGGCAUUAUCGUUAUACUCAGUGCCAUCGAGAUCUGCCAACAGUUCGUGGGCAACGGCACCGGAGGCGGUGGCUCCGGACUGUCUGUGCUCCGGACUUUCCGCCUGCUCCGCAUCCUGAAACUGGUCCGUUUCAUGCCCAACCUGCGACGCCAGCUCUUCGUCAUGCUACGCACCAUGGACAACGUGGCUGUCUUCUUCUCGCUGCUCGUCCUUUUCAUUUUCAUCUUCAGCAUACUCGGCAUGUAUCUGUUUGGCGGUAAGUUUUGUAAAUUUUUGGACGAAUCCGGACUCGAACGCGAGUGCACGUGUCCCGAAAUAAUCAGCCGGCAUCCGCAAUGCGAGUGCGAUCGCAAACACUUCAACAACAUUUUGUGGGCCACAGUCACAGUAUUCCAAAUUCUAACACAAGAGGAUUGGAACGUCGUACUCUUCAAUGGAAUGGAAAAAACAAGUCAUUGGGCCGCAUUGUACUUUGUGGCCCUAAUGACGUUCGGCAAUUAUGUGCUAUUUAAUUUAUUGGUGGCCAUUUUGGUUGAGGGAUUCAGUUCAGAGCGAAAUGAACGUCGCGAGCGCGAACAGCGCGAGUUGGUCAAGAAGCUCCGGGAGGAGACCCUGGCCGAGAACUACAGCGAUGGUAUGUACGACGAGUCCCGCAGCGAGGCGGACUCCUCGACGACCAAUGACAGUUACUACGAGGUCCGGAACCGCUGGCGAUCGGCGGAGGAUGUGCGCAAGCUGCAGGACUCCGCCGAACUGAUCAUCGAGGCCAAGAACAAUGUCCAUCGCCAGCGAUUGUUGCAGCCCAGCCACGACUAUCAGAUCAACGAGCUGCCCGGCUCGUCCAACGCCGCCCUGUCCUCCGGCGAGAGGGAGGCGGGUGGUAAGCUAGGACCGCUGGAGGAAGCGGCCACCUCGUCAGCGGCAGCCAUGGCGGCGUCCCAGCAACUAAGCAGGUCAUCGCGCGGCGGCCUCAAAAAGACAUACUCGAUCAAGGAGCGGCGCAACGAGGCGCCACGACUCUCCAAAAUCCGGCUCGUCCGGGAUCCGCCCAUCAUCACAACGACGGCGGCCACGCCCCAGGACUCGCCCAGCACGACCCUGGAGCCGGGCAUGAGCUUCCGCCAGUGGGGCGACAUGGAGCCCCCCAGCUCGCCCUCCCCCUCGCUGCUGCGUCCGCCGAACAUCUUCAGCGGAGGUCAGCGCAGCCUGGACGAGGGCAUACCCUCCAUCGAUCUCAUCCCGCCGUCGCCGGUCCUCGCCCACAAGCCCUUGAACAUCCUGAACGCCAGCCAACUGGGCGUGGGAAUGCCGGGCGGUGGGCCGGGCAGCUCCAUGGGCAGCAUGCACAGCCUGAUCAUCGACGACAUCUCGAAGAGUUCCAGUUCCACGGCGGCGGCGGCAGCCACGCCCAUUUACGUGCCCACCAUAUCCUCCGCCCAGGCGGAGGCGCAGAGCUUGAACGACGUGAGUCUGGGUGGCAACACUGGCAACGCCUCCACCAGCGGCAGCUCGUCCAGCGAACGCCUGCCCCUGGCCCCGCCUCCACAGGGUGGCUUUAAGCAGCGCUUCCGGAGGAGCAGCUCCAAGAAGCGGCGACCCGGAUCCGGAAACGCCGAGGAAGGACACUUGGGCGUGUCGGGAGGGGCGGGGCAGGAGGAAGACGAGGAGCAACAGCAGCUCAACAAUGGCGGCGACAACAGUUUCCUGCUAAGAAGUGGCGGGGCAACCGGAGCCAGUCCUGGAGGAGGAUCCGGCGGAGGAGACUCCAGGACUAGAGACUCCGCUAGCACUUCGAAGGAAACGAAUCGUCUCAGCCCCCAGAACUCCAUCAGACGUCUCUCGAAUACCCUGAGUAUCGGCAGCGGACCUGUGGGGGGGCUGGGAACCGGCAGCCGGAGAGCCUCGGCCUGCAUUUUCAACUCCCAGGUGUACCAGAACCUCAAUCUCAACCAGCCGCCGACUCGGCUGCGUCCCGGUUCCGGGCAGCGCCGGAUGAGCUCUAUCGAGCUGGCCUUCAGCAAGACCUCCCACCUGAAUCUGCACAACCUGGAGGCCAACCGGAAGUCCCUGUCGUACACCAACUCCAAAAUGGACCUGGACAAGUGGAACAAGUCGUACGGCAAUCUCAACGAGCCGGACACCAUGCUUCAGCAGUACAUGGAGGCGCGGGACAAGCGCAAGAACUCCAUCAGCCACUACAACCUGAAGAAGCGUCUGGAAGAGAAGGAGCUCCAACAGCUGCAGCAGCUCCAUCAACAGCAGCUGCUCCAGCAGCGCCAGGACUCGUUCUCCUCGGCCACCCAGCAGCCAUAUCCGACGCCCGGUCACUCGGCGGCCGGCUCACAUCCCAGGCUCUCCAAGGACUACCAGCAACAGCAGCACCAGCACUUGCAGCUGGCGGCGAUGCAGUCACAUUCCACGGUGCCCGGCGGGGAGCGCUACUCCAAGCUCAAGAUGAUCAUCGAGCAGCUCACCCCCAAGCACUUUACCGUCGAGCGCGAGGACUACUCGCUCUACAUAUUUCCGGAGGAGAAUAGAUUCCGGCAAAUCUGCUCGUGGUUCGUGAACCAAAAGUGGUUCGACAACGUGGUCCUGCUCUUCAUCGCGCUCAACUGCAUCACCCUGGCGAUGGAAAGACCAAACAUCCCUCCAAGCAGCACCGAAAGAUUGUUCCUGUCAACAGCCAAUUACGUGUUCACCGUCGUCUUCACCGUCGAAAUGUUCAUCAAGGUUGUGGCAACGGGCAUGUUUUAUGGCCCUGAUGCUUACUUCACUUCCGGCUGGAAUAUCAUGGACGGAUCUUUGGUUACCAUAUCCAUAAUUGAUUUGUUAAUGUCUCUGAUUAGCGAAUCGAGUCCGAGGAUAUUUGGGAUUUUAAGGGUGUUUCGACUACUCCGAUCCUUGCGGCCGCUGCGGGUGAUCAACCGAGCCCCGGGUCUGAAACUAGUCGUGCAAACACUCUUAUCGUCCCUGCGUCCCAUCGGCAACAUCGUGCUGAUCUGCUGCACCUUCUUCAUCAUCUUCGGCAUCCUGGGCGUGCAGCUCUUCAAGGGCACCUUCUACUACUGCGAGGGCGAGAACAUCAAGGGCGUACGGAAUGCGGACGAGUGCCGCCGGAUACCGGGCAAUGUCUGGACGAACCGGAAGUACAACUUCGAUGAUCUCGGCAAGGCGCUGAUGUCCUUGUUCGUCCUGAGCUCCCGCGACGGUUGGGUGAACAUCAUGUACACCGGCCUGGAUGCUGUCGGCGUCGAUCAACAGCCCAUCGUGAACUACAAUGAGUGGCGACUCCUGUACUUUAUCGCCUUCAUUCUGCUGGUGGGCUUCUUUGUGCUGAACAUGUUCGUGGGCGUGGUGGUGGAGAACUUCCACCGGUGUCGCGAGGAGCAGGAGAAGGAGGAGAAGAUCCGGCGCGCCGCCAAGCGGGCCCUCCAAAUGGAGAAGAAGCGCCGCCGGAUGCACGAACCGCCCUACUACACGAACUACUCACCCACCCGGAUGUUCGUCCACAACGUGGUCACCUCCAAGUACUUCGACCUGGCCAUCGCCGCCGUCAUCGGCCUGAAUGUGGUCACCAUGGCGAUGGAGUACUACAAGAUGCCCUAUCCCCUCAAGUACGCCCUCAAGAUCUUCAACUACUUCUUCACGGCCGUCUUCAUCCUGGAGGCGAACAUGAAACUGGUGGCUCUCGGCUGGCGUUUGUAUCUCAAGGAUCGCUGGAAUCAGCUGGACGUCGGCAUCGUCCUACUCUCCAUAGUAGGCAUUGUCCUGGAGGAGCUGGAAACGGAGAAGUUCAUCCCAAUUAAUCCAACAAUUAUACGCGUGAUGAGAGUCCUGCGGAUAGCGAGAGUCCUGAAGCUCCUGAAAAUGGCGAAAGGAAUCAGAGCACUGCUGGACACCGUGAUGCAGGCACUGCCCCAAGUGGGCAACCUGGGACUGCUGUUCUUCCUGCUGUUCUUCAUAUUCGCGGCACUGGGCGUGGAGCUGUUCGGGCGGCUCGAGUGCUCCGACGAGAUACCCUGCCAGGGACUGGGCGAGCACGCGCACUUCGCCAACUUUGGCAUGGCUUUCCUCACAUUGUUUCGCGUAGCGACUGGCGACAAUUGGAACGGCAUCAUGAAGGACACGCUGAGGGAUAAUUGCGAUGACGCGGCCGAUUGUGUACGCAAUUGCUGCGUCAGCUCGGUUAUUGCUCCCAUAUUCUUUGUGAUAUUCGUGCUAAUGGCGCAAUUCGUUUUGGUGAACGUCGUCGUGGCUGUUUUGAUGAAACACCUCGAGGAGAGCCACAAGCAAAUGGAAGAUGAGCUCGACAUGGAGGUGGAGCUCGAGCGUGAGCUGGUGCGCGAACAGGAGUUUGCCCAGGAGCAGAAGCUGUGCCAGCAGCUGGCGGAGGCGCAAUCAAAGGCGGCACCGCCCCCGCGCCCCCUCGCCAAGGUCAAAUCCCUGCCCAAGAACUUCAUCUACAGCACCCCAUCGUUGGACAAGAAAUUCCCCGCCCCAAUCGGCAAUAAUCCCGGACAGGGUAGCCUAACCAGUUCGGCGGCCACCAAUCUGAAUCAGAUGGCUGGCGGUGGUGGAGGAGGAGUUGGGGGUGCGGGUGCCCGCCGCCAAACCGUUCAGUACUUCAAUCAGCCACAGAAUCCAAGCUCCCUGGCCCUCGGCCUGAGUCUGGCCGAGAUGGGGGGCACGCUGACGCCUCAGGCGCUCGGCGCCCGGCUGGGCGAGCCCUUCGGCGGCCCAGCGACGGCAGUCGGAGGCGUCCUAACUGGUGAGCCCUCGGCCGCCGGCCUCCCGCUACCGCCGCUGGACGGACGCCGCCGCGGGCGUCGCGCCUCCGCGGCCGCCGGCUUCCGCAAGCGCGGCGUGCUCUCCAAGGAGCGCUCGCUGGACGAGCAGGCCAUCCGACGACGCAACCUGGAGGCCAAGCGCACCAGCUGCGACUCGCUGCCCUGGGGCGGCGAUGCCCUCGACUACCAUCGCCGGGGCACCAUCUUCGAGAGCCUCGAGUCCGGGGCGGAGGGUGCAGGAGGCGGAGGAUCAGCCACUAAGCUGGAGGACACUGGCUCCUAUGAUAUACGCAGUGUUCGCAGCGCCGAUGUCGGCCACAUGGAGUCCCUGGACGCGGAAAGUCUCUCGGUGGUGAGUUCUCUAGUGCCAGUACCCCUGCCGCCGCCUCCGCCCCUGUCCCCGCCCACAACAACGCCCUUGCCCACGCCCACGCCCACCCAGCGACGACCCUUCGGCUGGUCCCAGUCGGUGGACCAGGGAUGUAUGCGGAGCAGUCUGCUCCUGUCAGUGCCGCGAUCCAUGCCGCCGAGGAGUCGGAGCGGCAGCACCAAGCAGCUCUUCAAGCAGCAGGCCCUGGACGAGGACGCCGACAUGGACGAGAACUCGCUCCUUCUGCCAACCACCAGUCAGGGAUCUGGCUCACCCGGAUCUGGGCCCACGGCCGGUUCUGUUCCAGCUCCAGCCAAGCUGGACAUUCCCGAAACCGGACAAGUCUCUGGGGAUAUUCCGGGCCUGAGCAAGUCCGAUUCCUCGGACAUCCUUCGCAUCAUCAGCGAACGCCGGCGAAUGGAUCAGCGAGAGCAGCAGGAUCUGGAGAAUGCGGAGGACCGGGACAGUGACUACAAGGAGCUGUUAUUGGUAAAGUCGCCGCAGUCCUCCAUGGACUAGAAAAAUAAACUAGCCGGGCUUGAAAUUUGAAACUGAAAAGUAAACUAUGAUCCCCUCUAGUUAGGACACCUGUAAGCUCUCCUU